GCUGCCUCCCGCGCGCUCCGGAGUCCGGGGGCCCCCGCGCUGAGCGACUUUGCCGGUAGUGGCGAUGUCCGGCCGGUCCAAGCGGGAGUCUCGUGGUUCCACCCGCGGGAAGCGCGAAUCCGAGUCACGGGCCAGCUCGGGUCGCGUCAAGCGGGAGCGAGAUCGGGAGCGGGAGCCCGAGGCGCCGAUCGCCCGCGGCAGCCCGGUGCGCGUGAAGCGGGAGGUCGAGUCGGCGAGCGCGCGCGAGGCCCCGGCUCCGGUGGUGCCCGCCGUGCGGGUGAAGCGGGAGCGCGAGGCGGACGAAGACUCCGAGCCUGAGCGGGAGGUGCGAGCAAAGAAUGGCCGAGUGGAUUCUGAGGACCGGAGGAGCCGCCACUGCCCAUACCUGGAUACCAUUAACAGGAGUGUGCUGGACUUUGACUUUGAGAAACUGUGUUCCAUCUCCCUCUCGCAUAUCAAUGCAUAUGCCUGUCUGGUGUGUGGCAAGUACUUUCAGGGCCGGGGUUUGAAGUCUCACGCCUACAUUCACAGUGUCCAGUUUAGCCACCAUGUCUUCCUCAACCUCCACACCCUCAAGUUUUACUGCCUUCCAGACAACUAUGAGAUCAUCGAUUCCUCCCUGGAGGAUAUCACGUAUGUGUUGAAGCCCACUUUCACAAAGCAGCAGAUUGCAAACUUGGACAAGCAAGCCAAAUUGUCCCGGGCAUAUGAUGGUACCACUUACCUGCCAGGUAUUGUGGGCCUGAAUAACAUAAAGGCCAACGACUAUGCCAACGCUGUCCUUCAGGCUCUGUCUAAUGUUCCUCCCCUUCGGAACUACUUCCUGGAAGAAGAAAAUUAUAAGAACAUUAAGCGUCCUCCAGGGGAUAUCAUGUUCUUGUUGGUCCAGCGUUUUGGAGAGCUGAUGAGAAAGCUCUGGAACCCUCGAAAUUUCAAGGCACAUGUCUCUCCCCAUGAGAUGCUUCAGGCUGUUGUCCUUUGCAGCAAGAAGACUUUCCAGAUCACCAAGCAAGGGGAUGGAGUAGACUUUUUGUCCUGGUUUCUGAAUGCUCUGCACUCAGCUCUCGGGGGCACAAAGAAGAAAAAGAAAACUAUUGUGACGGAUGUUUUCCAGGGGACCAUGAGGAUCUUCACUAAAAAGCUUCCUCAUCCUGAUCUGCCAGCAGAAGAAAAAGAACAGCUGCUUCAUAAUGAUGAGUACCAGGAGACGAUGGUGGAGUCCACCUUUAUGUACCUCACUCUGGACCUUCCCACCGCACCCCUCUACAAGGACGAGAAGGAGCAACUUAUCAUCCCCCAGGUGCCGCUCUUCAACAUCCUGGCCAAGUUCAACGGCAUCACUGAGAAGGAAUAUAAGACUUACAAGGAGAACUUUUUGAAGCGCUUCCAGCUCACCAAGCUGCCUCCAUAUCUAAUCUUUUGUAUUAAGAGAUUCACUAAGAACAAUUUCUUUGUGGAGAAGAACCCAACUAUUGUCAACUUCCCUAUUACGAAUGUGGAUCUGAGAGAGUACCUGUCUGAGGAAGUGCAGGCCGUGCACGAGAACACCACCUAUGACCUGAUUGCCAACAUCGUGCACGACGGCAAGCCCUCCGAGGGCUCCUACCGGAUCCACGUGCUUCAUCAUGGGACGGGCAAAUGGUAUGAAUUACAAGACCUCCAGGUAACUGACAUUCUUCCCCAGAUGAUCACGCUGUCGGAGGCUUACAUUCAGAUAUGGAAGAGGCGCGAUAAUGAUGAGACCAACCAGCAGGGGGCUUGAGGGAGAAGCCAGCCAGGGCUUGCUCCCAGGGCUUUGUUGAAUAUGUAAAUAAACCACUGCGGUGUGACUGGACCUCCCUGGGCCAGCCUCGUGUCUGUGGGUGUGGUUCACACCGGAGCAUCAGAGGGCCCACCUGCCUGGGACGACUUCAAUCACUUUAUUGUAGAUGAUGUUCUUUCUCUGUCCUGUCUAGCUCCCCUCUAGCUUCAGCAGGCCAGAACGCCUUUACAGAUGAUGUAAUUUAUUUCUGAGUAGCUAUGAGUAUCUGGAGGACAAGAUAAUUUCUUCUAAGCCUCAAAGCCUCAGGAUUCUAGGAAUAAGAGCAUGAAGCCAGUAGCAUCCUUUUUUCUUCCUGGUUUUUUUUUUUUAGAAGGAAUUAAAUAUUUUCCUGUUUGUAAACCAGCCUCUUGUUUUA